AACGGAUCAGCUGAUCAACCAACCAUUCCACUCCCCACUUGAGCUCACACGGCACAGCAGCAUACGAACACGUCGUCGCGAGGGAAGACAUGGGCUCCUGCGUCUCGCGCUCGCCGGCGUCGGGGUCUGGGCGGGCGGUGGCCACUGCGAAGGUGGUCGGCCUGGACUGCUCCAUGACGCAGUACGCGGCGCCCGUCACGGCGCGCGACGUACUGGUGGAUGACAAGCAUCGCAAAGGCGCGUCGGUCUUCCUGUGCAGCUCCGACGAGCUCCGCUUCGACGCGCCCCCGCGCGCGCUGGCGGACGAGGAGGCGCUGCAGCCCGGCUGGCUCUAUUUCGUGCUCCCCGUCUCCAUGCUCCGCCUGGCGCUCUCCGGACAAGAGAUGGCCGCCCUCGCCGUCAGGGCCAGCUCCGCGCUCGCCGUCGUCAGUGGCGUCGCGUCCCCUCCGCGCCGCAAGAUCGUGCCAGGAGCCAACGGCAAGACACGAAAGACGGCGCGGGUGGCGCCGCUCAUUGUUGCCCCGAACAACGACGAGGACGCCGACCUAGCAGACAGUGGAUCGAGUCCGCACACAUACGGCAAAUACGGUGCAGCGCAAAAGACGGUGCGCGGCGGCGCCGAUGAAACAGCGGGGAAGACGAGGAAGAGAGCAGGCUACAGAAGCCGCGGCGCUCGUCAUCUUCAUCGCGCGACAGACGUGCAGAGGUUAAGCGCCAUUCUAGAAGACGGUGACUUUUGAGCAAGCCCCGAUCGAUGUCAAUUACAACGACUCGAUCGUUGCGAGUAGUUAGCUAGUUUAGACUUUAGACAGUUGUUUCAGUCGACUGUUGAAUCCCGCUUCAGAGUAGGUGAUCCGUGUAUAUCGCUCGGUCAUGCUGUACAGUGCUACCAUGUUCAGGAUGCUUCGAUUCUUUGAUCUGUGUAUAUCGAAUGUCGGAUAAAUGGCAAAA